GUUCAUUUCUGCUAGCCACGGUAGCAGGACAACAUAUAAAGGGAAUAUUCCCUGUGUUGUUCUAGCUAUUCGAUAGCUAAACCUUAUCUUUUAUCUCCUCUGGGGCAUAUUUUUAAUUAUUUAUUUUUAUAAUUUUAUAAAUAUUAAAAUAAACCAGUUAAACCUGAUUCGCGUUACAAUAUUCUUAAACAAAAGAUUCGUGGAAACAUGUUUUAUUGUGUGACAAUUACGGUGAUUAUUGGCGUCCUUCUGGCCGUAGAUGCGCUGCGCCUUCCAGGUAUCAUAGAUGCAUAUCAGCCGUGCGGAGUGGAGGCAAGCCCGAACCCGGUUCACCAAAACCCUUGGUUGGUGUUGCUGCGUUACUACCGGCGAGGUAGCGCGGUCGACAUCCGUUGCGGCGGGACCCUCGUCGGCAAGAGGCACGUCGUCACGGCAGCACACUGCGUUAAGAUUAGAGCCGAUAUGUAUAAAGUACGUUUAGGAGAGUAUGACUUAAGGACCAAAAAGGAUUGUGUGCAGGGCGUAUGCUCCAAGGCAAAGCAAAUAGACGUUACUGACGUCACAAUCUACCCGGCCUACGACGGCUCCAGCCACGAUAUCGCGGUUUUGACGCUCGGUUCUGAUGCCCCAUACACUGAUUUCAUCCGACCGAUUUGUCUUCCAUCUUCCCCGGCAGCCAACGCUACUUUCGUCACGUCAGGUUGGGGCGAGAUUCCCAAAACCAACGAGUACAGCAACGUAAAGAAGAAGAUCGAACCGUUACCUCAGUGGAACUUCACGGACUGUGUGAACGCGUACAAGUACACCGAUCUACCUCAUGAUGUAAUCUGCGCGGGGGGAGAAGAUGGCAUAGAUACUUGCCGGGGUGAUUCCGGUGGUCCCCUAGUGCAGUACAAAAACAGAGCCGAACUGACUGGCGUGACCAGCAAGGGUUUUGUCGUCUGCGGGACGGAGGGCAAGCCUGGCAUCUACACCAACUUUUUAACUUACGUUAACUGGGUUAAACAGAUAAUGGAUAAAGUUUAAUUAGGAAAUAGCGUCAGCUACCUGUGCCCGGUGACAGCGUAAACAACAUUGCGCAGAUUAUAAUUGUAUUUUUUGUUGUGGAUCGAAUUGAUGACCACCGGACCAUUAAAGUGACUUUACAAGUUAGAAUGGGCCAGGAGACCCGCUAUCGAUGAAUAAAGCGUGGUCUGUAACCGCAGCAGAGGCUCUAGCUCAAGUAAAGUGCAAGGCAACUAGUCGACGUUAGUGUGAGUGUACCUACAUAAUUAUGAUGUUUCUUUGAUAGGGAUAAAAUACACUGACUGAAUUUUAA